AUGGACACGUACAUUUCGCAGGUAGUGCUUGAGGGCGGUAAAAAACGCCCACACGAUGAUAUCGAGCCGGGCGCCGUAGCAGAGCCUGCGUGGAAGCGUCACGCUUUACCUACGGGAUUGCCUGCAAGAUAUCCAAAUGCAGAGAUUACUGGUGAUGUUGAGAUGGAAGAGUCUUUAAAUAAUGGUGUCUCUACUGGAAAGGAGCUUGGCUGUCUCCUGCAGCAGACACUUCCUGAAAGCUCUGAAGGCGCAAAUGAAGCAGGCAGUCACGAGCCCUUUUCGAUAAGGUACAUGAAACCGCAUGGAAGCGUGUAUGAGUUUGUCAUGAAGCAUCUCACGCCAAGAUCAGACGGAUCGUAUGUCUAUGCAUCUACCUGGCCACCAAAGUUUGGCACUACAACUUCCGACUCGCCAAAGUUCCCAUUUCGAGACAUGAGACUUGAGCCUUCCACGACGUUUUUCCACAUCAACGAGAUGAUACUUGCAAAGAAGCUCCCAUUCACUGAUGGGGCGGUAUAUGAACUCUUUGCACGAGUUGUCAACUUUGGUUGCGCAGAUUUUCCUCCACAUUAUCAAUAUUUUCAGCUGGAAGACUUGUUUGGAGGAAUGCCUCAUUUGAGUGGAGUACUCAUGCGUUAUAAAUCUGGAGUCGAUUGGUAUAAGCAAAAGGGAUGCUCUGUUGAAUGCGAAGCUACGCACUUCGCUGUUGCAACAGAAGCCGAAGGCAAAUGCUACUGCCUCUGCGAACCUGUGCCAGACAGUUCAUCUGAGCUUGGCUGGUCGAUCUACAUUCGCGAAAUACAGCUUGUCACUUGGGAAACAAUUCGAAGUGUCCAUGCCCACCUUAGAAAAUAG